AUGAUGGCAUGGUCAACACGUAACACCCCAAUUACCCCGGAGGCCGGGUUUCCGUGGUCCAAUGCCGAGUUGGAGAAUUGGAGUCCCGAUCAUCUCCAUCUCAAACAACCCGAAGCUCUUUUCAUGCCUCGUUCCCCUGCUCUAUCUAUCACCGCGAGGACACCCGUCACUCGACCUCUGGCAUACAACUAUCAGUUGCAGCUGCCAUUCACACAGUCCCCCUCCACACCAACUGCCCUUGGGGCUAUGCUAUCCCCCACUCCUUCGUCGUCGUAUCUAGAUCCAGGCACCAUCAAGCAUUCCGUCAACAACCACAGUCCAAGAUCUGUUCCUGCCCCAGCUCUCGGCACCGUACCCGCCCUUUCUCCAGCAAGCAACUACGACACUGGAUAUUCUAGUUCUUGGGAUGAUCUUCCAGUCUCAACCCCCAUUAUACAAGAGACACUUGAGUCGGAUGAAGCGAGCAAUGAGCUUAGCCAGAACAAAAGGUCUCGUACUCUGCGCGGUGGAGGCAAAAUAAAGGCCAGGGACAGUGAGAGUUACGGAACUUUCAAAUGCGAAUGGAAGGGCUGUCGAUAUGACCGUCUCUUCUCGCGCAAAGGAGUCCUUAUGCGCCACAUUGAGACUCAGCAUGUGACUCCGGGGGCUUUCAAGUGUCCCGAUCCCGGAUGUGGCCGUGCUUUCAAUCGACGGGAGAAUCUGAAAGCACAUAGACAAACGAUUCACCAUGAAUUUUUCUGA